AAAGCACACACGCAGGGUCCUUUAUUUAUCCCAGGAGUUAGGGCAGAGGACGGAAUACGGCCCCGAGGGUCGGCGUGUAGAAGCAGGCACUAUCCCGGACAGCUACACUUCCAGAAGGUUCGAGGCGGUGCACAGGUCCAGAAGGAGAGGGAGUAGGCAUGAGCGAGCGAAGGACCGGGGUCACGAGGCCGUUGGGGGGGAGGAGCCUGCGGCCGGGGAGUUUCUAGUCUGUUCUGGCUCGCGGCAGCCGCCCACUUGUACUCGGUCACGUUGAGCUGCGCCCGGGCCUGGCGUAGGGCCUCCGCCGCCGCCCACCGCCUGCAGCCUCCCGACCAUGGAUCCCCGCAAAGUGAGCGAGCUUCGGGCCUUCGUGAAGAUGUGUAGGCAGGAUCCGAGCGUCCUGCACACCGAGGAAAUGCGCUUCCUGAGGGAGUGGGUGGAGAGCAUGGGAGGUAAAGUGCCACCUGCUACUCAUAAAGCUAAGUCAGAAGAAAAUAUCAAGGAAGAAAAAAGAGAUAAUAAGACAGAGGAAAAUAUAAAGACGGAUGAGCCAAGUGAGGAGAGUGAUCUAGAAAUUGACAACGAAGGUGUAAUUGAGCCAGACACUGAUGCCCCCCAAGAAAUGGGUGAUGAAAAUGCAGAGAUAACUGAUGAGAUGAUGGAUCAAGCAAAUGAAAAGAAGGGGGCUGCCAUUGAAGCUCUAAAUGAUGGUGAGCUGCAGAAAGCCAUUGACUUGUUCACAGACGCCAUCAAGCUAAAUCCUCGUUUGGCUAUUUUGUAUGCCAAGAGAGCCAGUGUCUUCGUCAAAUUACAGAAGCCAAAUGCUGCCAUCCGAGACUGUGACAGAGCCAUUGAAAUAAACCCUGAUUCAGCUCAGCCAUACAAAUGGCGAGGGAAAGCACACAGACUCCUGGGCCACUGGGAAGAAGCAGCUCAUGAUCUUGCCCUUGCCUGUAAACUGGAUUAUGACGAGGAUGCUAGUGCAAUGCUCAAAGAAGUUCAGCCUCGGGCUCAAAAAAUUGCUGAACAUCGAAGAAAGUAUGAGCGAAAACGUGAAGAGCGAGAGAUAAAAGAAAGAAUAGAAAGGGUGAAGAAGGCUCGAGAAGAGCAUGAGAGAGCCCAAAGGGAAGAAGAAGCCAGAAGACAAUCUGGAGCUCAGUAUGGCUCUUUCCCAGGUGGCUUUCCCGGGGGAAUGCCUGGUAAUUUCCCUGGGGGCAUGCCUGGAAUGGGGGGGGGCAUGCCUGGAAUGGCGGGCAUGCCUGGACUCAAUGAGAUCCUCAGUGAUCCAGAGGUUCUUGCAGCCAUGCAGGAUCCAGAAGUCAUGGUGGCUUUCCAGGAUGUGGCCCAGAACCCAGCUAAUAUGUCAAAAUAUCAGAGCAAUCCAAAGGUUAUGAAUCUCAUCAGUAAAUUGUCAGCCAAGUUUGGAGGUCAAGCAUAAUGUCAAACAAAGCCCUUGCUGAAUGAAGAGCAGCUUAGCUCACUUACUGGAUGUUGCAAUAAUACAAACCAGUGUACCUCUGACCUUAUCGAGAGAGCUGGGCGCUAGGAAGAUAAUCCCUACCCUUCUGCAUCAAAUGUGGCUGAAGCAUUUCACAGAGGUUUGCCAUUAGGGCGUUCAUGCAGAUAAUGUUUUCCUAUUAGGAAUUACAAACUUAAAACAUUUUUCAACCUUAAACAUAUUUUUUAAAAAUGUAGGGGGUGUCAAUUCGUAACAUUUUUCUUUGCUAAUCUUUUUGGUUUUUUCCUUUGAAUUACGGGGCAAGGAAGCUAAAUGUGGAUGACUCAUGCUCUCAUGAUUGAAAUAAAGAUUUGUUAGUGGGAAGCAAAUAAAACACAUUUAAGUUGAUGGAGUUGGACAUAUGGUUACUGAAGCAUCUUGAUUUGUCUUUUUUUAAUGUUUUAUUUCAAAAUGAUCUAUUUCAGUGAAUCUCUUGGGACCAUCAGUAUUUGGAUCUGACCUGGGUAGCACUGAAGUGUUGGGGCAGAGCAGCAGCAAGUCCUAGAUUUUGUUUGACCUUGUGUAAGCUGCAUUUAAAUCUUAAACUGUGCUGUGGGGUGAUUUAUUUUUUAAGUGUUACAGUGGAGUUAGGUUACCUAGCUCUGCUGUUGUCCACUGUUUCAAAUAAAUGUUCCAUAUCAUUCACACAUAGAGGAAAAAGAGUAAUUUCUGUGUUUCUGUCAGAAGUUACCUUUCCUAUCAAAAUCUAUCCCUGUCUGCUUGUCCACUUAAUCUUGAGCUAGAGAGUCUUCUCACUAACAUCACUUCUAUCAUUCACAGCAUACUUGUGGAAGCAUAUUUAUUGCUAGUUUAAUUUCAUAUAUAAUACAUAUGAUUAGGGUUAUACCUGUAACAGCUCUGCUAUCUUUCUUGGCUAUGGGGUUGCUUGCUUAAAUCUUUAAGUUUUACUCUUGUGAGCUCCUAUUGUAUCAAAAGGAAGGAUUCCCUUUUUGGAUAUGCUUGUGAAAUCGAGAAACUUGCGAUUUUAGAAUUUACGUUGAAGUAUACAUCUUUGUAUUUUGAAGAGUAUAAAUUGUUUACAUAUGAUGAAAGAUUCAUUUGCCCUAUUUAGCUCUUAAAUACGGUGAUUAUUUAAUGCCUGGUUUUUCUCUUUCCUUCUGCUGCAAGGAUAAAGAAAACAACCCACAGAAUGUGUGUUUAAAUUCGAACAUAAUGUCUAUGCAGGUUUUAACUGCUCAUAAAGCAGCCAGAGAUGCAUCUUGUUACAUGUAAGGAAAGCUGUGUUUGAACAGAGCAUGCAUUUACAGUCACUGACAAACAUUCAUCACAUAUUCUUGAAUUUUGCACGGUGUUCUUUAGUUUAAGUGUGUUCUUUCAUAAAAUUUCCCUGGUGUGCUGUGCUUCACUGAAGAUCAGUUUCUUUUGGACUCUUAACUACACAUGCCCUAAGUACUGAAAAUACUACGUGAAAUUGCUCUUCUGAAAACUGUCCUGUGCUUUUAGAUUUCUGAGUUCCACAGAUAGAAAAAAUAGUCUUCAUUUUUUUCCAUAAAGACUCAGUAUCAUUUCUACACCAGAAAUAUUGGGAUAUUUUUUUCACUACAAAUAAUAUAAGAAAAAUAAUAGAAGAUAAAGGGGCUUUCUGCUUAAAGAUACAUGGUUAAUAUUCAAAUAUGCUAAAAUAAAAUAACGUUUCAAACUGGA